AUGACAAUGAUAAAAUCAUGGAUGCAAAGACCUGAAGCCAAGAAGUAUGCCGCCGAUGUCGCAGUAUUUGCUUUAUCACAAGUCGCCUUUUACUUUGCCUUCAAAUGGAUUAUUGGAUCGAUUGAUCCUACAAAAGCUAAACGACAAGAAGCCAAGAACAAGAGCUCACAAGUCCUCGGCCGCUUAGGGGCCAAGGACAUCAAGUUGAAUGAAUACGAGCACAUUAUUGCAGCAGAAGUCAUCCAUGCUGAUGAGAUUACAGUCAACUUUAAACAGAUCGGUGGUUUAGAUCAUAUUAUCCAGGACUUGCGUGAGAGCGUUAUUUACCCUCUGUGUUAUCCCGAGCUAUUCACAUCAGCAUCCGGAUUGUUGGGGGCUCCUCGCGGUGUGUUAUUGUAUGGUCCCCCUGGCUGUGGCAAGACUAUGCUGGCAAAGGCUUUAGCCAAAGAGAGUGGAGCAACGUUUAUCAACAUCCAUGUGUCAACUCUCACUGACAAAUAUUAUGGUGAAUCCAACAAGCUCGUCGCUGCAGUGUUUUCUCUAGCUCGUAAGCUGCAGCCAUCGAUCGUUUUUAUUGAUGAAAUCGACUCAUUCUUGCGUGAGAGACGCAGUAAUGACCACGAGACAACUGGCAUGAUGAAGGCUGAGUUUAUGAGUCUGUGGGAUGGUCUGACCACGGGCGAAGACAGCCGGAUCGUUAUUUUGGGUGCUACCAAUCGGCCCAACGACAUUGAUUCUGCCAUCCUUCGUCGUAUGCCAAAAAGAUUUGCCGUUAGACUCCCUACAGAAUCGCAGAGGAAGAGCAUUCUUGAACUGCUCUUGCGCGAUAUCAAUCUUGCCCCUGAUUUCAAGAUGGCUGAGCUGGUCCAGCGUACAGCAGGUUGCUCUGGAAGCGAUCUCAAGGAAGUAUGCCGUAAUGCAGCUAUGAUUCCUAUUCGUGAAUAUGUUCGAUCUGCAAAAUUGAAUAUCGACAUCAGACCCUUGAAUGUGGCUGACUUUUUCAGCUAUGACGAAACCAACGAAAAGUCGUUCUCCUAUGUUGCAGAAGCACCUCAACAAGAAAACUUGGAUUAA